AUACGUUCUCUGGUUGCGGUCUCAAUUCAUAAGCGCAUACAUAUAUAACGGUUUCGGUAUCCAUAAAAUAAAAUACCUUGAUUUAAUUCCUGUAUAUGUUUCUUCAUAGAAGAUCAAAAUGGGUAAUCCAGACUUGGACAGGCGUGUACUCUCUAUACAAAGUCACGUAGUGCACGGUUAUGUCGGGAAUAAGAGUGCAGCGUUUCCAUUACAGCAAACAUUUACAAUUUUACAGGUAUUGGGGUUUGAAGUUGAUGCUAUAAAUUCUGUGCAAUUGUCUAAUCAUACUGGUUACAAAACCAUCAAAGGGCAAAUAUUGCAAGAAAAAGAACUUGUUGAACUCUUUGAAGGAUUAGAGGCCAAUAACUUGCUACAAUUUUACUCUCAUUUACUAACGGGUUAUACUGGUAACGGGUCUUUUCUAAAACGAAUUUCUUAUAUUGUAAAAAAGCUUAGGGAAAUCAAUCCACGUUUGAUAUAUGUUUGUGAUCCUGUCAUGGGAGACAAUGGCGAAAUGUAUGUACCUGAAGAUUUGCUGCCAAUUUAUCGCGAUGAAAUUAUACCACUUGCCGAUAUAAUAACUCCAAACCAAUAUGAAGUCGAAUUGCUUACGGAAAAAAAGAUUACUAACGAGGACGAUAUUUGGUCGGCGGUUCAAUGGUUUCAUGAUCGUGAUAUCGAAACCGUGGUGAUUUCUAGCAGUGAACUGGGCAGAGAAAAUGAGUUACGUGCUUUUUUAAGCAAGAAAAAUGGCAAUCGUUAUAUAAUAAAUAUUCCACGUCAAGGAAACGGCAUAUCAUUCACAGGCACUGGUGACCUAUUUGCUUCGCUUUUUCUGGCGCACAGUCACUACUCCAAUGAUUUAGGUGUCGCUUUUGAGAAGACGAUAGCCUCAUUGCAAGCUGUUAUAAAACGCACACUUGAAUCUAUGCCUGUAGAAAUUUUGUCCGGUAAACGUAAAGUUACUGCACAAGAGUGCGAACUUAAAUUGAUACAAAGUAAAGGCGUUAUUGAAAGCCCACUGGUAGUGCUAAAGGCACAAGAAAUUAAAUAACUGUUGAUCCCUUUUUAUUAUACCGGUUUGAGGACACAGAGAACAAAAGCAUUUAAUCACUAUGGCGUUUAACUGGCAUUUUAAGCGUACACGUUCUAUUUAAAAACGUUUACAAUGUUUAUAUAUGAUAUAUAUAUGUACGUAUGUACUUCUAUUGUUAUAUGGUUUAGAGGACAAUAAUAAAUGUAAAAUAUUAUAUGCAGAAAAA